AGUGAAACAGUAAGUAAGUAACCAGAGAUGAACGAGUGAUCGGAGAGAAAGAGAGAGCGGAGGGCACCGAGAGAAAAAAAGACAGGCAGGAAGGGAAAGAGAGCAGGAAUUUGAAAGUAAGAAAACAGUGAAAAAAACAAAAAAAAAGGAAAACAGACCGCCAUAAAAUUCUCCCACGGCCAAAACCUAGGCAACCUCCUUAACAUACCAGCGCCGCCGCUGCCACCAACCGCACAUUAUGCCCUUCGCCGGCAGCCGUCUACCACCAUCACCGAGCUCCACCACAGAUUCCAGCCACACCCACAGCCAUCUGCCUCAUCCGAUCAGCCUUCCCUAAUCAAUCAACACACCACCAAAACACCAUCGCAGCCCAGACCUCUCUCUCCGCGGCGCAGCAACCACAGCCUCCUUUCAACCCAAAUCCCGACCACGUAAUAGCCACCAUAAAACCCGAAAUCAGGCCGAGAAACGAAGCAAAAUUCCACCAGAAACCACACCAAAGAAUCCAACAGUGACUGCUGCCUUUUCUCCCAAUAACCAGAUCGUUUUCUGCCCGUUUCUUCCCGCGGGUUCAUCUCCGCUCGUGAGAUACACGCGCCGCCGACCAAUCGCAUGGCAACUCUCUAGCGCGUGGGUCACGCUUCCCAGUCUCCUUUACAGCAUUUUCCGCCCUAAUUCAGCAGCUCCCGAACGUCGUUUUCAAACUUACUUCACCAUUUGAGAGAAAGUACCAACCUAUCUAUGUAGCUCACUCCCUGCUGCUAUCUUUUUCCUGCAAUUAAUUCCCUACUCGGAUUCGACGAUCUCCUGAAAUGAGAUGGCGUCUUCACAAUCUUCACAAAAUGUGGAGUUGGAGGCUGCUAAGUUUCUACACAAACUCAUUCAAGAUUCUAAAGAUGAGCCCGCGAAACUGGCUACAAAACUCUAUGUGAUUUUGCAACACAUGAAAUCAAGCGGGAAGGAACAUUCCAUGCCGUAUCAAGUAAUAUCAAGGGCCAUGGAGACUGUCAUCAAUCAGCAUGGUCUUGAUAUUGAAGCUUUGAGGUCAUCACGCCUUCCUUUGACCGGUGGAACUCAAAUGGGGGAUUCUUCGACUGCACAAUAUGGAGGAUCUUCACAGGCAGUUGGAGUUGGGAAAGACUCUAAAGCUGGAUUGGCUGAAAAUGAGAUAUCCAAAGUUGAUCCUUCUGCUUCCAGUAGGCCCCCUGCUGGCCCAAGUAGUGCAGGCCAUGAUUAUUAUCAAGGAUCUGGAACUCAAAGGAGCAGCCAGUCAUUUGAUCAUGAAAGUCCUUCUAGUUUGGAAACUAGGUCUGCCAAUUCACAAUCCCAAGAAAGAGGAGCGAAUCAGAAGGAUGGUAAAAAGGCUGUUGCUAAGAGGAAGAGGGGUGAUUCAUCUUUACACUUGGAAAUGCAUGUUGAGAAUCCCCAACAACUUGAUCCUCGCAAUACCAUAGUUAAUCCAAGGAAGGGGAAAAUGAACAAGGUUGACUCACCAGGGAGUUAUGCAGUUAGAGGUGGUGAAAAUACCAGCUUUAAUAAGGUUCCUAGUAGUGGUCAGCUGGAAGUUUCAUCUUCUUAUGUGUCUGCAGGACAACAGCAAGGGGGUUCUCUUUCAUCUGCACAUGAAAGUCUCACUUCCAGGUGUAUGUGGAAUCAAAAUAAAGCAGGGUUACCCCUUGAAAGAUCUCAAGUUCCAAGGUUCUCUUCGAAUGCUGUUUCUGGUAAUGCAACAGCAGAAAUUCCAUUGCAGCAGUCAGCAAUUUCAUCUCUUGGAUCAAGUGCUUUUAGCAAGGUUCAUGGAGGGAUGCCUGCCACUUCAUAUCCAGCAGGGCCCAUGGGGGAGCCAGGGUUUGCAGGUCUAGUGCAAUAUGGUGGUUCUGAACAUCAGAAACAUGGAUUGGCAAAGGGUGCUGUAGCUAGUUCUGCUGAGAAAACCUCAGAAGGAUUUUUUUCUGCUAACCGUGUGGAUGACUUUCCCACUUCACUUUCAACUGGAAAGAUUUUAGAAAAUGAUGGAGGAAGUUCAAACAUGUUUGCAGAGUCAAAUAAAAUUAUCCAGGGUGGCAGGCAAUCUAGUAAUUCAGAAUUGACAAUGAUUAGAUCAACACCUCCUAGAGAUGUUGGAAAAUCUCCUGUUUCCCAGGGUUCUGUCUCUCCUGGCAUGCCUUUCAAUGAACAACAGCUGAGACAGCUCAGAGCUCAGUGCCUUGUCUUUUUAGCAUUCAGAAAUGUUUUGCCGCCAAAGAAACUUCAUCUGGAUAUAGCACUUGGAAAUGUUGUUCCUAAAGAUGGUGGCACUUUGGAUGGUCCUCGCAAAGAGCUGACUGAUCAUAAAGGAAAGGCACAAUCUUCUAAUGAGCCAACCAAUAUUCCUGAACUUUUAAUGCCAUGUGGAAGGCUGAAUAAUGCAAAGGAAUUUGAUAAAGUGCUUCCCGGUUUGGGGGGAAGAUUCUUGGAUGAAAACUGUGCAUCCAAAGAAGCUGAUAAACUUAAAAUGAUGGAGGACAAAAGUGGUCUACCUUCUGACCCCUCGAUGCUUGCAGAUGAAAGGAAAUAUCUGUACUCCACAAGGAAACUGGAUGCUGAAAUACAAAGGCAGGAAGCAGUGGAAUCGCAGGCAGUUUUCACCACUGCAAUGCAGCAGCCUGAUUCAGCAAGGGGUGGUUUACCCUUGAGUAACCCUGUGGACAGCAUGGGGAAUGCCUUUCUUCAAGUUGGAAAAACUGACCAUGCUUCUUCUGCAACAUUCAUAAAUAAGCAGGCAAUCCCUGAGGCAGUUAGCUGGACUAGAAUUGGCAGUCAAUCCCUACCAUCCGGCUCCAUUCAGCUCGGAUUGGUUCCAGACAGAAAAGAUAAUGCUCCUAGUCAGUUUCACAUUCUUGGCAAUAGUAAUGCUUCAGAACAAGAUGAUGAUGAUAAGUCAGCCGCUUCUACUGAUUCACCACCUUCUCCAAAGUACACCAUGUUAGAGAAAUGGAUUAUGGAUCAGCAGAGGAAGAAACUUUUAACCGAGCAAGGUUGGGUUCUAAAACAGCAGAAAACAAAACAAAGAAUUGCCACUUGUUUUGACAAGUUAAAGGAAACUGUUAGCUCGUCUGAAGACAUAUCUGCAAAAACCAAAAUUGUAAUAGAAUUGAAAAAGCUUCAGCUCUUGGAGCUUCAACGCCGUCUAAGGAGUAAUUUUCUCAAUGAUUUUUUUAAGCCCAUCACAAAUGACAUGGAUCGUUUGAAAUCAUAUAAGAAACAUAAGCAUGGCAGGAGGAUCAAACAACUUGAAAGGUAUGAGCAGAAAAUGAAGGAAGAACGACAAAAGAGGAUACGUGAGAGGCAGAAGGAGUUCUUUGCUGAGAUAGAAGUUCACAAGGAAAGACUGGAAGAUGUGUUUAAGAUUAAGAGAGAACGCUGGAAAGGUUUCAAUAAAUAUGUCAAAGAGUUCCAUAAAAGGAAGGAGCGUACCCAUCGGGAGAAGAUUGACAGAAUCCAGCGUGAGAAGAUUAAUUUAUUGAAAAUCAAUGAUGUUGAGGGGUAUCUGCGAAUGGUGCAGGAUGCAAAAUCAGACCGUGUUAAGCAACUGCUGAAAGAGACGGAGAAGUAUCUUCAAAAGCUGGGAUCCAAGCUACAGGAAGCUAAGUCUAUGGCAAGCCGAUUUGAGAAUGAUAUGGAUGAGUCACGGCAUGCUGCUGUUGUUGAGAAGAAUGAAACUUCUGUUGAGAAUGAAGAUGAAAGUGACCAGGCCAAGCAUUACAUGGAAAGCAAUGAGAAGUACUAUUUGAUGGCUCAUAGUGUAAAAGAAAGCAUUGCAGAACAGCCAACAUGUCUCCUGGGCGGAAAAUUAAGGGAGUAUCAGAUGAAUGGACUAAGGUGGUUGGUUUCACUAUACAACAAUCAUUUGAAUGGCAUUCUUGCUGAUGAAAUGGGUCUUGGGAAAACUGUUCAGGUUAUUUCUCUAAUUUGCUACCUGAUGGAAACAAAAAAUGAUAGAGGGCCUUUCUUGGUGGUUGUACCUUCUUCAGUUUUACCUGGCUGGGAGACUGAAAUCAAUUUCUGGGCACCUGGAAUCCACAAAAUUGUCUAUUCUGGGCCUCCGGAGGAGAGGCGCAGGCUAUUUAAGGAAAAGAUUGUGCAUCAAAAAUUCAAUGUCCUUCUGACAACGUAUGAAUAUCUGAUGAACAAACACGAUAGACCGAAACUGAGCAAGAUACAUUGGCGAUAUAUAAUAAUUGAUGAAGGCCAUCGCAUAAAGAAUGCUUCUUGCAAAUUGAAUGCUGACUUGAGGCAUUAUCAGAGUUCUCACAGGUUGUUAUUAACUGGAACACCACUACAGAACAAUCUUGAGGAAUUGUGGGCACUACUCAACUUUUUGCUACCUAACAUAUUUAACUCAGCAGAGGAUUUUUCUCAGUGGUUCAACAAACCAUUUGAGAGUAAUGGUGAUAAUUCAGCCGAUGAAGCCUUACUUUCCGAGGAGGAAAAUUUGUUGAUCAUAAACCGUCUCCACCAAGUUCUUCGACCAUUUGUACUUCGGAGACUGAAACACAAGGUUGAGAAUCAACUGCCUGAGAAGAUUGAGAGACUUGUUCGGUGUGAGGCUUCUGCAUAUCAGAAGCUUCUUAUGAAGAGAGUAGAAGAGAAUCUUGGUUCAAUUGGAAAUUCAAAGGCUCGAACAGUGCACAACUCAGUUAUGGAGCUUCGUAACAUAUGCAAUCAUCCAUACCUUAGCCAGCUUCAUGCGGAUGAGGUUGAUACUUUGAUACCUAAGCAUUUUCUGCCACCAAUUAUUAGACUUUGUGGAAAGCUUGAGAUGCUAGAUCGUUUGCUACCCAAAUUGAAAGCAACAGACCAUCGGGUUCUUUUCUUUUCCACAAUGACCAGGCUGCUUGAUGUUAUGGAGGAGUAUCUCACUUGGAAACAGUAUCGAUACCUUCGCUUGGAUGGUCAUACCUCUGGAGGUGACCGUGGUUCACUCAUUGACCGUUUUAACCAACAAGAUUCUCCAUAUUUUAUUUUCUUGCUCAGCAUUCGGGCUGGUGGUGUUGGAGUGAACCUUCAAGCUGCUGAUACUGUGAUCAUAUUUGAUACUGAUUGGAAUCCUCAGGUUGAUCUUCAAGCUCAAGCAAGGGCUCAUAGGAUUGGCCAGAAGAGGGAUGUGCUUGUUCUUCGAUUUGAAACAGUCCAAACUGUUGAAGAACAAGUCAGAGCUUCUGCUGAGCAUAAACUGGGAGUUGCUAAUCAGAGCAUUACUGCUGGUUUCUUUGACAAUAAUACAAGUGCAGAAGAUCGAAGGGAAUACUUGGAGUCCCUUCUGCGUGAAUGCAAGAAAGAGGAGGCUGCCCCUGUUUUAGAUGAUGAUGCUCUAAAUGAUCUCUUAGCUCGCAGUGAAUCAGAGAUUGAUGUAUUUGAAUCAGUUGACAAACAAAGGCGGCAUCAAGAGAUGGCAACAUGGAAGAGUUUGUUAUCGGGUCAAGGGAUGGAUGCUUUGGAACCUCUACCACCUUUGCCUUCACGCCUUGUAACAGAUGAUGACUUGAAAGCACUCUAUGAAGCAAUGAAGUUGUAUGAUAUGCCAAAGGCUGGGGCAGAAUCCAAUGCAGGGGCGAAGCGUAAGGGGCAGCAUGUUGGGGGCCUUGAUGCUAAACAUUAUGGAAGGGGCAAACGAGCUAGAGAGGUACGCUCUUAUGAAGAGCAAUGGACAGAAGAGGAAUUUGAGAAGAUGUGUCAGGCUGAAUCUCCAGACUCUCCUAAGGUGAAAGAAGAAACAGGAGAGAGGAACUUGCCAAAAGAGGCUAGUGGGUCUUUAUUGGCUAUUGGUUGCACAGAACCUCAAGCUCCACCACAACUGCCACCGCUGCCACCUCCUGUGGAGCCUCUCCUGCUGCAGCAGAGCAAAGAGGUAACUCCUCCAUCAAAACGGGGGCGUGGAAGGCCGAGAAGAGCAACUUCAGAUAAAUCUCCAGCUGCGAUGGUACUCUCAGUACCUCCUGAAACUGGCAAAGUGGAUGUGGAGUUACAGAAGGGAAUAGAGUCUGGCUCCUCAAAAACAUCUCCUCUUGAUUCUUCUCCUGUUCCUAAUUUAGAAGGUAAUAGUGGAGCCACACCUCAUUUAGGAUCAAGGAUUGCUCCCAGUGCUCAGCCAACCACUCCAGUUUCUGUUGCACUUAGCUCACAAAUCACUACUGCUCCCCUUUCUGUGCCAUUGCAAUCAAGAGGUCGAGGACGGAAGGUUCAAGGUGCAGUUCAAACACCACGGCGCAGAGGAAAGAAUCAAGUGGCUGUUUCACCCACCACUUCAAGUUCUGCUGUUCCUGAUCCAAAUAUAAAUGAUCAAUCACAGAAUGUAUCUGUCAAUCCAUCAGUAAUUGCCAUGGGUGGAACUGUUUCUAGUGCUCCCAUGCCACAACAUCCUACUAAUUUUCCUGCUGCUGCUGCUGCUGCUGUAGAGGGUAUUAGUGCAGCCACUCAUCAUUCUGGGCCUGGGACUGCUUUGGAUUCUCAACCAAACCCUCCCAACCCUUCUAUCUCCCCUACCAUUCAAUCCAUAGUUCCUAGUUCUUCAGUUCCUAUGCAAGUCAAAGGGCAAAACCGAAAGACUCAAAGUGGCACUGAAACAACUCGACGCAAAGGAAAGAAAGAGGUGCCAGUAUCACCUUCUGUUCCAGAUGCUUCAGACAGUCAGCUUUCAAAAUCCAAUCCAACGUUGUCACAGGAUAAAUCUGGGGAAUCAGGAAGUAAAGCUAUUUUCAUGGUUAGUAACCAACAGAAUGAUGCUCUGGACAGAGAUGUUAACCAGGAGCAAGUGUCCCAAGAAGUUGGCCAGGAUAAAAAAGCAACUGAGCUUUUGGAUGAUGUAGCCCAGCAUAGGCAACCAGCCAGCACUCUUACAACGCAUGAUGGUAUUACCAGAUCUAUGGCUUGUGCAGGAUCUUCUGGACAAAUACAUGGUGUUGAUAUGCAUGAUGUAGCUUCUGUGACAAAGGAGGUUUCAGCAGUGAAUAGCUCUUCAAAAGCUAAAGUACUUGAAGUUUCUGGGAGUGAAAGUGGAGUUAUCCUGUCUACACCUCAAUUAAGUAAGCGCUUUGCAGAGGUGGUCCAGAAUCAAAGCUCAGAGGAUAACCCUUCCCCAGUGGUUUAUCCUGCAACUGAGUCAUUACUCCAUUCUGCCACUGUAGAAGGUGUUUGCAAAACUGUGCAUCAGCUUGCUCCAAAGAUUACUUCCAGCUCUCAGCCAAUUUCAUCUUAUCCUUCUGUUACUCCAGUAUUUCAAUCUAACACUCCUGAAGCCAUGCAAGUUAAAAGGCAAGGUCAUAAAGCUCCUACCAGAGGGGAAGCACCUAGACGAAGAGGUAAGAAACAGGGUUCAAUUUCACCUGCUGUGGAUGCUACAAUUGGUCAGGAUCCCAUUGUAAAUCCUCAAAUGCAAAUGCAAAAUAAGUCCAGAGAUUCAUUAGGGAGCAAGGUCAUAUCCUUGAGGAGUGCUCAAGGAAAUGAACUCAAGGAGUUGAAGAAUGUUGUUCAGGAAGCACAUAUUCCCAGUGGUUUAGUUGGUCAAGAUCCAAAAAGAAAAGAAGCUAGUGGGAUUCUGGCUGUUGGCCGAAUUCAGACUGCUGACGUAACUGAUGUUGCUCGUGUGAUGAAGGAGAUUUUUUCUGAGACUUGCUCUUCAAAAAAUAAAAUUGGUGACUCUUCUACAGUUGAAGUUAGAAGUGCCCCUGUUUCAAGUAAGAUGUCUGUGGAGGUGGCAAAAAACCAAAGCUCAGAGGGUAAAGCACUAUCCGCUGUGUCAAUUUUAGAAGCUACACUUCCAGUCAUGGGGAGUUCAAAUGAUGAUUCUAAACAGCCUGGGUCUGGAGAUGGUGUCAAGAUGGAAGGGGAUCAUACUCCUGCUUUGGGUAAGGCUCCUACUUCUGAAAUCAAUCCCUCUAUGCUUGAAAUCAAGACCAGUCAUGGCCCUGUUGAAAAAAUGAGAGAGUUGAUACGGGCUUCCACUGAAAACCCAGUCAUGGGAAGUAAUAUGGAAGUCAAUCAUUCAGUUCUUGAUGCUGGUGACAGGGACAAUAUUACUUCUCAGAGACCUGCUCCUGAAGGUCUUCUUGGUGAUGGUGGUGAUCCUCCCAUGGUUACCCUAUCUGUUUCAGAUGUAACAGAACACCCUAGGAGUGACUCUGGAUACAGAACGCAGGCUUCAAAAGCAUCUCCUAAGUUUUCUCCACAUGUUAGCCUUGGCAAUCGUACAAUUUCCAUUAAACCUGAUUAUACUGAUUAUUUUUCCUUAGGGACUGUUACUCCUGUUGCAGAUCAUUCAGAUUCAAGAAAUAUCCUAAGUGUAGCUGAUAGUGUAUCUAGAAGCAGUAAUAAGCCUUCUGUGAAAGAGUCCCUAGAUUCUUCUCUUGAAAUCAGAGAUGAUGAAGCUAAAACUCAUAUUCAAUCGGGGGUUGAUAUAACCAAGGUUGAGGGUGAGGAGGUCUGCAAAAUGCAAAUUGAUCCUGCUGUAUCAGAGGCCUCUUCUCUUAAAUAUCUGUCUUCUUCCAACAAGAUAGAGCCAAACAGUUCUGCAGCUGGAGCCAGUCAUCGAAAGGAUGCUUUUUCUCAGUUUGGUGGGAUUGUGCUGCAAAAUAUUUCUCCACUCAGAGGAAAUACCUAUGGCCCAUGUGAGAAUGAUCUUGUUGGAAGCUCAGUAGCAGUGGAGGAACCACACAAAACUGAAGCAGGUAACAAAGCAGAAUAUUCUCAGGUUGGUGCGUUUGUGCCAAAAGAUUUGUCAGAAAACAUGGUUCUACCCUCGUCCCCACUGGCAAGGGAGGAAGAAAAGGACAGUAGACCAUUUGAGCAGGGUUUAGCUGGCAGCUCAAUAGAACCAGAAACAUCAAAGGGGUUUGAGGCUCAAAUGGCCAGUAAAAUGGAUGUAUCUAAUGCUAAUGUUAUCAUUCCAGAAAUUAGACCAGAACACAUGGUUCUACCCCAAUCUUUCUUGGAAGCAGAAGAAAACAUCAAUGGCAUUUUGGAGAAUGAUGCGGCUUGCUGUUUGGUGGUGCCAGAGGGAGCAAAGGGAUCUGAAGUUGAAAAUGAUGAUCAGAUGGGCGCGCAGAAGGUGUCUGAUAGUGUACAAGAAAUUGUGGAUCCCUUACCAUCUUCUCUUGUAAUAGAGGAAGAUCAGGUUGAGGGCUCAUCCGAGAAGGGUGCGCUUUGUUUCUCUGUAAUAGUUCAAAAUUCAGGAGGGUCAGAAGCUGAAGCAGGCAAGCAACUAGAUGCAUCUCAUGCUGAGACUUUGGUACGAGAAAAUGUAUCAGAGAACAUGGUUUCGCCAAGAUCUUCUUUGGUAUCAGAGGCACCAGUGGUUGAGGGCUCUUCUGAGCAGGAUAUAUUUGGCUUCUCAGUAGUACUAGAGACAUCUAAAGGGUCUGCUACUAAUAAUGAGGUUCAAGUAAAUCCAUCUCAGGUAGAUGGAGUUGUGCCUGAAACUAAAACGGGCAUAUGGAUGCAGGAAUCUGAGAUUGCAAGAUCAUCUGAGAAGCACCAAGAUGACAGCUCAGUAGCCAAGCAAUCAAAACCAUCUGCAAUUGAAGAGGGCAGUCAAAUGAUAGUAUCUGAGGUUGGUGGAAUUGUGCAUGAAACUUCUUUGGAAAACAGUUGUGUGCCAUCUGUCUCAGAAACAAAGGCAGAAAACGCUAAUUGCUUAUAUGAGAAAAGUUCUCAUUGCGUCUUGCUUGCUCUAGAGGAAGCAAAACAGUCUGAAACUGAAAGUAGCAACCAACUGGCUGUAUCUGAUUUUCCUAUGACCGGGCCUGAAAAUUCUUUGGAGAACAUAUGCCAGUCUUCAUGUUCUCUAACAAUGGAGGCGGAUAAGAUUGAGGGCUCGUCUAAGAAGAGUUCUUGUGACAUCUCAGUAGCAAUGGAGGAAUCAAAAAAGUUUGAAAAAGAAAACGAUGAAUCUCAUGUUGGUAGCAAGGAAUGUGAAGAAAGUCAAGUUGUUGGUACCAGUUUCGAACACACACAGGUUGGUAGCAUUGGACCAGAAGAAACAUCUGGAAACACAGACAAAUCCUCAUAUUCCUCAGAAAUGCAGGAAGGUAAGAUUGAGGGCUCAUCUCAGAAUAUCCCAGAGGAAUCAAAUAGGUCGGAAGCUGAAACAGAUGAUCAAACUCAGUAUGGUGGGAUGGCUCUAGCCAACAUGUCAGAAAAUAUCGAGGGCUCUUAUUCCUCAGGGAUGCAGGAAGACAAGAUUAAGGGCUCUUCUUUGAAUGUACCAGAGGAAUCAAAUAGGUUGGAAGCUGAAACAGAUGAUCAAACUCAAUUUGGUGGGAUGACUCUAGCUAAGAUGUCAGAAAAGAUUGAGGGCUCAUCUCUGAAUGUCCCAGAGGAAUCAAAUAGGUCGGAAGCUGAAAUAGAUGACCAAGCUCAAUGUGGUGGGAUGGCUCUAGCGAACAUGCCAGAAAAGAUAGAGAGCAUAUCUUUCUCAGGGAUGCAGGAAGACAAGAUUGAGGGCUCUUCUCUGAAUGUCCCAGAGUCAAAUAGGUUGGAAGCUGAAACAGAUGAUCGAACUCAAUUUGGUGGGAUGGCUCUAGCUAAGAUGUCAGAAAAGAUUGAGGGCUCAUCUCUGAAUGUCCCAGAGGAAUCAAAUAGGUCGGAAGCUGAAAUAGAUGACCAAGCUCAAUGUGGUGGGAUGGCUGUAGCGAACAUGCCAGAAAAGAUAGAGGGCUUAUCUUCCUCAGGGAUGCAGGAAGACAAGAUUGAGGGCUCUUCUCUGAAUUUUCCAGAGUCAAAUAGGUUGGAAGCUGAAACAGAUGAUCAAACUCAAUUUUGUGGGAUGGCUCUAGCUAAGAUGUCAGAAAAGAUUGAGGGCUCAUGUCUAAAUGUCUCAGAGGAAUCUAAGAGGUCGGAAGCUGAAACAAAUGACCAAGCUCAAUGUGGUGGGAUGGCUCAAGCUAACAUGCCAGAAAAGAUAGAGGACGUAUCUUUCUCAGGGAUGCAGGAAGACAAGAUUGAGGGCUCAUCUCAGAAUGUCCCAGAGUCAAAUAGGUCAGAAGCUGAAACAGAUAAUCAAACUCAAUUUGGUGGGAUGGCUCUAGCUAAGAUGUUAGAAAAGAUUGAGGGCUCAUCUCUGAAUGUCCAAGAGGAAUCAAAUAGGUCGGAAGCUGAAACAAAUGACCAAGCUCAAUGUGGUGGGAUGGCUCUAGCGAACAUGCCAGAAAAGAUAGAGGACUUGUCUUCCUCAGGGAUGCAGGAAGACAAGAUUAAAGGCUCUUCUCUAAAUGUCCCAGAGGAAUCAAAAAGGCAGGAAGCUGAAACUGUAACUGAUGAUGAAACUCAGUGUGAUGGGAUGGCUCCAGCGAACAUGUUGCCUUCAUCUUCUCUCUUGGAGGAAAAGACUGACGUCUUAUCAGAGAAAGAUCCAGCUGAAUAAUAUUGGUGGAUCCAAAAUUAUCUGAAGUUGUAGAGUGAUAAGCUGUCUUCAGCUUGAAUUGUGCCAAGAAAGUACCAUCCAGCUUGGCUUCAUUUUUUAGCAUCAGUGGGAAGAUUUGAGGGCCAAUUUGAAAAGGACCCAGUUGGGGAGGUCAGUGGCACUGGAGGAAUCACAAAGAUCCGUGGCUGUUUCUGUUUCAGGUAUUUAUGAACCAAGAAUUUUGCUGUACAGCUGUACUGUAAUUUCCUGAAUUAUAGCCUAUCUUUAAGCUCACUGAAUUUGGGUUGACAGUCUUGACUGACAACACCUAAGUUAAUCUGGUUUUAUAUUGCCCCGUGUAAGUGAUCUAAUUUAUGGUUUGGUUGUACAGUACCGUGUAUAUUAGGGUUUUUAUUUUUAAGUUGUAGAUAAAUUUAGAAAAAACUCAUAUUUUGUAAAAUUGAAUAAUAGUUUUAAUAUCAAAAUAAACUAAAUAUUCUAUUUA